AUGGCGCACCCAUUGCCACCGCCGCCGCCAAUUGCCCCCGACGUCAGCGCCUCCUUCAACAUCUACUCGCAAUCCCUCAAGCCGCGCCCGCUUCCCUCUGACCCGGCUGUGCGCGCAGACAUCGAGCACGUCCUCGAGCACGGCUACGUGAUCAUCCCGGACUGCUUCAGCGCGGCCGAGGCGCGCGAGGCACGCGCCGAGAUCGUGCGGCUGCUCGGCAAAGAAAACGCAUCCGCUCUAGUCGGGCGCAAUGCCUUCGAGGGCUUCAACACGAACCGCAUCUACUCGCUGCUCAACAAGUCCCGCGUGUUUGACAAGUUUGUCAUCUUGCCCCGUGUGCUAGCGCUCAAUGACUUUUUCUUGGAUCAGGGGUACCUUUUGUCGGCAUUCCACACCAUUUCGAUUAAUCCUGGCGAGAAGGCGCAAGCACUGCAUCAUGAUGACGGGUACAUCCAGUUUCUCAGACCGAGAUUGCCGUUUGGGGCGGCGAUAAUGGUCGCAUUCGACGAGUAUACUGCCGAGAAUGGUGCCACGCGAAUCGUCCCCGGGUCACACAAAUGGGACAGUUCACGACGAGGCAUGCCCGAAGAAACCAUCCCUGCGCUCUGCCCCGAAGGCGGAGUGGUUUAUUUCAUAAGUACCUUGUGGCACGGUGGUGGAGCAAACGUGUCGGACAAGCCUCGACAAAGCGCCACCGUGCAGUACUGCCAGCCGUAUAUUCGGCCCAUCGAGAACCAGAUACUGGCGGUGGAUCCGAGGAAGCUGGACAAGAUCCAUCCGCGUAUCGUGGAGAUGAUGGGAUAUAAACACAUGCAGCCUUUCAUGGGGUAUGCAGAUGGGUUGGGUCCUCGGAGGGCAGCGAGACGCAUGGUCAAAUGGCUGCAGGAGGAAGUGGAUGAUGAUCCACCAACCUUUGCGCAUGGGUUUAGAGAAGACUCCAAGUUGUAG